CUGGGGGCGCAGCGAGGCGGAGGCAGAGGCGCUCAGACUGCCACCUCCAGCCUGCGCCCAAGGGACAGCCAGCGCAGCGCUUCGGGGACCAUUCUCUGUGGCUGCCGCUCAACGCCUGGCUGCAAACACAGCCGCCAAAGCUGCCGACCAGCAGCCGCGCGCCCCGGGGACCCACAGCCCGGGCGGCCGCUCCUGCCGGAUGCCUGGACCAGGGCGCAGGGCUUCUGCCAGCAGGAGGAUGAAGGGCUCGGUGGGAGGAAGGAGAGAAAAGCUACUGGGGAUGCCGAAAGCUCAGCCUAACCAAGAUUUCACGUGUGUCCAAGAUGUAGAGAGUGAGGCUGAAUUUUUACCUGACGACUUUGAAGAAAAUCCUGAAAAAGAAAAGAAGCAUACCAAUUUUACUUUGUGCAAUGUAUGUAACAUUCAGUUGAAUUCGGCUGCUCAAGCACAAAUCCACUACAAUGGCAAAUCACAUCAAAAACGAUUAAAGCAACUCAGCAAUGGGAUGCUGAAAAAUGACAAUGGUAAGCUUUUCUAA